AUGUUGCUCUCCACCACCGUGGCUCGUCCCCUGCAGCUGCUCACCCGGUUCAUGCAAUGGGCCAGCGCAGUCAUCGUGAUGGGCAUCACCUCCUACUUCAUCCACCGGGGUCCGCGUGGGCAGCACAUCAUCUACGAUGAAGUUAUUUCCACCAUCUCAGUCGUCUUCUUCCUCCCGGCCUUCGUCUCGCCGUUCAUGCCCCACGCCCUCAGCAAGUUCGUCCUCGCGAUUGACGUGAUCUUCUCCUACCUAUGGCUCACCUCCUUCAUCUUCGCCGCCCAAGACUACAACUGGCACAACUGCGGCGCCAACGCGCCCCCGGGCGUCUCCUGCGCCCUGAAGAAAGCCAACGAGGCCUUCAUCUUCCUCACGUUUAUCUUCACCUUCUUCGCCAUCUUCCUCGAAGUCGGCGCCCUUUGGGCCUACCGCCGCGAGAACGCCGCCCCCGUCCGCGAGAAGAACACGGGCGGCGCCCACGGCGGGCCGGCCGAUGCGCCGCUGGCUGCGUCGGCUUAGGGCCUCCCUCCCACAUCACUUGGGUUGAAUGUUGUAUGGACUUGAACGGCGCCGAACCGGAUUUGGAUGGAAUUGAACGAGACUGGACAGUCUAAUGUGCUGAUCUGAGACAUCUAUCGUCGGUUCUGCUGAAGUAGGCCGCUGAUGAUUUGUUGCGGGGUUGGCUUUCUCGAAUUCCUCUCGAAUCCCUCUGAUGAUACCAUGCUCUACCGGCGGGAACCACCCGCUGUGACUUGCUACUUAAUAUCCUUGUGGUUGGGGGAGGAGG